UCAACUCGUGUAGUAAUAACAAAAUAUUUCCUUCGUGCAGCACAUCAGUUCUGACUCCAACAGUUUCGUCAUUGUAUUAUAAAUCAAAAUUAUCGAUUUUAAUAUGAAAGAGUAAAUAUUUCACAAAAUAUAUUUAAAUUGUAUUGCUGUUUAAUUAUCUGUUAAAGUUUCAAGUUAUUCGUAUGGAAAUAUCAACGAAAGCCGAAUAGAAAUUAGUUGUUAUUUAGAAUUAUGUUAAGGUGAUCAGCAUAAAUAAGAUCCCAUAAAAUGGAAAAAAAAUAUAAUUUAGUUAUUUUCCAUGAAGUAAUUCUUCAAAAAUAACUCGUUUCAACAUUAAAAAAAAUCGGAAAAAUCAGAUAUUUUUCGGAGGGUCACACUGACAGACGUUCCCUUAACGAAAAAUCGUAUAGUGUUGUAGUGAAUUAGUUUCGCUCGUCUUGUAAGGGUUAUGAUUGAAAUGAGCCAUGAUUCAAUAAUAAUUCAAUUAUGUUAUGAGUACAUCAUUUUCAAAUCAAAUUUUUGUGUUGUCAAAACCACAAUAAAAAAAUUAAUAAAAAUAAAAUUCGCGUCAAAAUUGUUUGUGGACAUAAAACUGCAAAAUGUCUUUUGAUUUUAAUUACAAAUUUUGGGUUGGCACAAAAAAGGAUAUUGAAGACAUUAUAAAAAGGCAAAAUAUAUUAAAAAGAAAAGAGCCAAUAUCCAAUCCGUUGAUUACUUAUAGAAUAUUUUCGGAACUAUAUGUAUUAUACGUCGAAUUGGUCAAUAAACUGAGCUAUGUUUAUAACUAUACGUUUCAAGUUCAGAAGCGUAAAGUGGUUAGACCAUUAGUCGAAGCUGCCGUUCGACGUUUAAUGGAACUUAAAACAGAGCUAAAGAAUUUGGAAUUAAGUGAAUAUGUUUACACUGACAAAGCCUUAAUUGCACGAAAGCUCAAUCCUUAUGAUUUGGUUAUAUGGCGUUCUCCGCAAUUUUUAUAUCGUCGUCCACCUGAACUACAAAACAUACUGUAUGAGAAUAGAAUUUUUAUGAAUGAAGAAGAGAAAACUGCCGCCGAUAAGAAGGACAAAUUAAUUUUGAGUGAGGCAGUCAAGCUGAUACAAGCUCAUGAAAGGGCUAGAAGCGCCCGUGUUUAUAAGUCCGCCAUCAAAUACGAUAAAAGAAAUCUCAAAGUGUUUCAACGGAGAAAAGUUCAUUACUCAUUUACUUAUAAACCCGAUCAACCAAUGAGCAUACCAGUGAAAAGAACAAUGUUCAAUGCGGACUUUGUAAAACCAAAUGAACACUGCAAGUAUUUAGUAGGAGCAGAUAAAAUUGAGCGAAAAUCGAAAGACGAGAUCGAUGAGGAUGAGCUUAAUAGAAUUCGUAACGAAGCAGCACUAAAGAUUCAGUUAGCAUGGAGGGCUCAUAAAAGUAAAAAAAUACUUAAGAAAAGACAUAUUUUUAAACAAACACUGUACGGUAUGAGAACGAAAAGAAGGUUAAUUAAACCAAACCAGUAUAUGGAUUCUGUUAUGGAAACAUACAGAAAUGAAAAGUUGAAGAUAAAACUGGAUGAAGAUUUCAUUCGUUUGAUGACUGAUGAGCGAACCAGAUUGUUGCAAGAAAGAUCGCCAUGGAUAAUGGAGGACAUAUCCGAUCAUAUACGUGCAUGGUUCAAGGAAUUUUACGAUAAAGUGGGAGAUUUUCAUCCAUAUCCGGAUGCCUUAAAAUCUGGAACCGUUUUAGUUUUGAUCGAUGAAACAUUUUCUCCAGAGGAGUUUAAAGAAAAGUUGAACGAAAUGAAUCUGUCCAAAGAAGAAAAGAAAAAAAGAGCAGAGAAAGCAAAACAACAAAGAAAGAAAGAAAAGGACAAAAUAAGAAAAGAAAAAAUCAAAGAGGCUAAGCGGAGGAAAAAGAUGAAGGAACAUGGCAUUUUUGACAUAGCAUAUGAUAUGAAGACUAAUAAAAAUAUAUUAAAUAUUGAGAAAACUAUAAAGCAAUACUCUAUUGACUGGAGGAUGAUUGAUGAAUAUCUCAAUAAAAAUCAUGAAGCAAUAAAGGAUUGGGUGACGGAAGGAGAACUUGCAAUUAUACAUAGAGAGCUAAGAGCAUUGGUGGAUGAAUAUAUGCGAUUGGAAUAUGAAAUACUUCGGAAAGCUCUUUGUAUGGACCUAAAUAAAAAAUAUAAACCUCAAAGACACAAAAAAGGUAAAUCUAAAAAAAAGAAGAAGAAAAAGAAAAAGGUUAAAGACAUGACUGCUGAUCGUACACUUGAGUCAUUGUAUGAGGAGUUGAAAGCAGAAGGCAUAAUAGAAAAAUGCGAGAAGAAGACAUUCGAGUCGUUUAUUUCGGACUUCAACUUUGUUGCAGAUGACACUCGAGACGAAGAUCAUUUGACCACAUUGGGGCCGGCUAAAGGCGAUAUUAAAAUGGUUGUUCAAGAAUGCAUGCUUGGAUUGGGAGAAUUUACUGUAGAUAAACCGAAAUCUCUUUGUAUAGCGGGACCCUUGAAUAAUGGAAAGAAGUUGCUUUCUCAAAUUAUUGCAUUUGAAAUAGAUGCUGUUUUUAUGAAUCUCAGUCCUGAGAAAACACAAGCUUACAGUAAUGAAGACUUGAACUAUUUGAUGCACGUGGUUAUGAAAGUUGCAAAAGCGUUCCAACCAACGAUAAUAUUCAUACAGGACGUGCACAGAGUGUAUUGGAAAAGGAUUCCUAAAGAGCAAGAGUAUUUGAAUCCUCGGUUGCUUCAAAAAGUUAUCAGCACGAAGAUUUUAAAAGCAAUCAAAAAAGAAGAUAAAAUAAUGCUUUUGGGCACAACGGACGCUCCAUGGUCAGCAAAACCAAAAAUGAGGCGUGUGUUUCAAAAGUCGUUAUUGAUUCCCAGAUGUGAUUAUGGUACCAGCUUCCUGCUUUGGCUAGAAGUUCUGGCAAAUUAUGCUGGUGAUGAUUCUGUCGACGAUUACGUUUACUCUGCAUUAGCUAAGGUGUUUAAAAACUAUAACUCCGGUGAUGUCACGGAUAAUAUUGCAGACACUUUGGAUGUGCGCCGCCGUAUGAAACUGAAAUCGAAACCUUUAAGUCCUUUCGAGUUUUUAUCAAACUUCAUUGGCAGAAAUCCACCAAUAUUUCCUCCAGAAGAGAAGCUAAUGGAAAAGUUUCAGAAAUGGUACCAGAAAGCAAACAAACUUAGUAUAGCAAGAAGAAAGUUUUUCAAGAAAAAGGAAGAGAAAAAUAAGAAGAAAAAGUAAUCUUAUUGCAUUUAAGCUUUCAAGAUAAUACAAUAUGAGAAAUAUUUAAUAUAUCUUUAAACCCGAAAAUCAAUACACAAAUCAAAAAAUUGGGUAAUUGACCGAAAAUACUGCAUUAGAUAAAUAAUUUUCGGUUAAAAGAAAUUUGAUUUGUUCUUGAACUUAAGAACUUAAGAAGAAGCGAAUAAAACUGUUUUAUGAUGCGGGCAACGUUCUCAGCAGAUGGAAAGCCUAAGACUUGUUUGAUAUGUACAAUUAUGUAUGUAUAUGCCCCUUUGCCGUGGUUUCUAGAUCAUCAAAUUCUUCUGAGGUCAAACUGUAAUGUCUGUAUCAUUGGGGAUUGUUGGGAACUUAAUAAAACAACUAUCUUAAUUAAAAAUCGAUAUUCUGUUAAAUUUAUUCCUAAGUUUUAGUGCGUUUACACGAAUGUAUUAUAUGAAACAAUUGUUUUUAAAUAUAAAAAUAAUAAAA